GAACCCAAUAUGUCCACCAAUUCCAACAUAUCAGCUAUGGCUCCUAUUAAAGAGUUCACCCUCAUCGUCGCUGCGACGAACAAGAUGGGAGUGGGUAAAGGAGGCGGGCUUCCAUGGACAGGGUUGAGAAAGGAAAUGGCUUAUUUUGCGAGAGUUACCAAGAGGGCUGGUCCUGGGGUAUGUAUUGCCUGAUUUUAUUGAUAAAUUGCCCUACCAUUCUUUCUGCCAGCAUAGCAAUAUAUGCUACAAUGUAAACCUCUCUGUAUAGCUUUGCAUUACUUGCGGAUGGAGAAUUGGAGCUGGUUCCACUUAACUUCACACCCCUCAAUAUUCUCCGAUAGAGAGCGAGGUAGAAGGGGUGGGCAAGAUAUCCUAUUCUGAAUAUUCUCCUCGGGGAAGAAAACAAACGCAGUAGUGAUGGGGCGCAAAACCUGGGAAUCAAUCCCUACUAAAUUCCGGCCUCUCGCGAAUCGGGCAAAUUAUAUGAUCAGUCGAACACAAACCUCUGAACCUUCAGACGUUGAUCUCGGUCCUGAUGCGCAUGCAGCAACAAGUUUGACUAACGCGCUCGAGAAAUUGGGAUCGAGGAGUCAAGCAAAAGAUUCGAAUGAUGGCGAUGAAAAGGAGAUCGAUAGAGUUUUCAUAAUUGGUGGAGGGCAGAUAUAUAAAGCUUCAUUGGAACUGAAGGAAGCAAAGAGAAUAUUGUUGACCAGGAUAAUGAAUGAUUUUGAAUGCGAUACGUAUUUUCCUAUUCAAUUGAAUGAGGAUGGGACGGGCAAUGGAUGGAGAAGGACGGAUACUCAAGAACUUAGAGAAUGGACUGGGGAAGGGGAGGUGGUAGAGGGUGUGAAGGAGGAAGGGGGUGUGAAAUAUGUCUUCGAAAUGUGGGAAAAGAUUGAGGAAUCAUGAAGGGAGAAACAUAGACAUUGGCGGAUCAUUGCUUCGAGACGAGUAUGAUUUGGCAGACAAUAGAGUCAGAACAUACUUCGACAAUGCGAUGAUUUUAAAUCGAAUCGAAAACCCCUGAGCUACCCGAUCCACUUGACUAGUCUCCUCCGCCCCUUACAAGCUCACAGUUGCAUACAAAUACCUCAACUUUCAAGCUUUGCUACAAUCAAACAUUCGAUAUUUCUGGAUGCCCUCUACCCCUUGAAAUUUCGCUCAAAUUAUGCCUGAAUUUGCGGAUCAAACCCAUUUCUUGCCACUUCUCUUUUCUCUGACAUGCGAAGCAGACAAUCUAGCAAUAAAUUCUCCUAAGGAUCUCCA